AUGCAGGACACCCAGGACCCCUGUGCCAGCAGCCCCAUGGACACUAGAGAUGGGAGGGGGCCAAGCCUGUGUCGGGGUGAGCUUGACUUUGGUGGGUCUGGGAAGAAGUGUGGCAAGUUCGUGAAGGUGCCCAGCGACGUGGCCCCUGCGUCCCUCUUCCAAUUCAUGUUGGCUGAGUGGCACCUGCCAGCCCCCAACCUGGUGGUGUCCCUGGUGGGCGAGGAACAGCCUUUCACCAUGAAGCCCUGGCUCCGUGAUGUCCUGCGCAAGGGGCUGGUGAAGGCUGCGCAGAGCACAGGGGCCUGGAUUCUCACCAGCGCGCUCCGAGUGGGCCUGGCCCGGCACGUGGGGCAAGCCGUUCGGGACCACUCCCUGGCCAGCACGUCCGCCAAGAUCUGUGUGGUGGCUAUUGGUGUUGCCCCGCUGGGACGGGUCCUGCACCACCAGCUUCUGGACAAUGUCCAGGAGAACACCCCGGUUCACUACCCAGAGGACAACGGUGACAGCCAGGGCUCCCUCUGCCCCCUGGACAGCAACCAGUCACACUUCAUCCUCGUGGGGCCCGGCGCCCACGGGGCGGAGGACGGAUCCACAGAGCUGCGGCUGCGGCUGGAGAAACACAUCUCAGAGCAGAGGAUGGGCUACGGAGGCACUGGUAGCAUUGAGAUCCCAGUCCUCUGCCUGCUGGUCAAUGGUGACCCCAGCACCCUGGAGCGGAUCUGCAGGGCCCUGUCGCAUGGAGCCCCGUGGCUGAUCCUGGCAGGCUCAGGGGGCAUCGCUGACAUCUUGGCGACACUGGUGAACCAGCCCCACCUCCUGGUGCCCCAGGUGGCCGAGAAGCAGUUUAAAGAGAAGUUCCCCGGCCAACACUUCCCCUGGGAGGCCAUGGAGCACUGGACCAGGCUGCUCCAGACCAUCGUCGCACACCAGCACCUGCUCACAGUGUUUGACUUCGAGCAGGAAGGCUCCGAGGAGCUGGACACGGUCAUCCUGAAGGCGCUGGUGAAAGCCUGCAGGAGCCACAGUCAGGAGGCCCAGCACUACCUGGAUGAGCUCAAGCUGGCCGUGGCUUGGGGCCGUGUGGACAUUGCCAGGAGUGAGCUCUUCAAUGGGGACGUGGAGUGGAAGUCCCGCGACUUGGAGGAGGUGCUGAUGGACGCGCUGGUGAACGACAAGCCGGAGUUCGUGCGCCUCUUCGUGGACAGCGGUGCCAGCGUGGCCGACUUCCUGACCUACGGCCGGCUGCAGCAGCUCUACCGCGCCGCGGCCCCCAAGAGCCUGCUCUUCGGGCUGCUGCAGCGCAAGCAUGAGGAGGGCCGCCUGACGCUGGCCGGUCCGGGCACCCAGCAGAGCCGCGAGCCCCCCACCGCGCCACCCGCCUUCUCCCUGCACGACGUCGCCCGCGUGCUCAAGGACCUCCUGCACGAUGCCUGCCGAGGCCUGUACCAGGGCGGGCGCCCGGGGGGCCGCGGGCAGGCGGAUAAGGGUCUGGCCAAACGGCCCACAGGGCACAAGUGGCCACUGGACCUGAGCCAGAGGAGCGAGGACCCCUGGCGGGACCUGUUCCUGUGGGCUGUCCUGCAGAACCGCCAUGAGAUGGCCACCUACUUCUGGGCCAUGGGACAGGAGGGCGUAGCUGCCGCACUGGCUGCCUGCAAGAUCCUCAAAGAGAUGUCCCACCUGGAGACGGAGGCUGAGGUGGCUCGAACCAUGCGGGAAGCCAAGUAUGAGCAGCUGGCGCUGGAGCUGUUUUCCGAGUGCUAUAGCAACAGCGAGGACCACGCCUUCGCGCUGCUGGUGCGCCGGAACCGCAGCUGGGGCAGGACCACCUGCCUGCACCUGGCCACCGAGGCUGACGCCAAGGCCUUCUUUGCCAAUGACGGCGUGCAGGCCUUCCUGACGCGGAUCUGGUGGGGGGACAUGGCCACGGGCACACCCAUCCUGCGUCUGUUGGGCGCCUUCAUCUGCCCCGCCCUUCUCUACACCACCCUCCUCACCUUCAGAGACGAGGCCCCACUGAGGACAGGCCCAGAAGCCCUGAGGGAGCUGGACAGCCUGGACAUGGAGAGGAGCCUGCUUAACAGCCCGGCCGGCCGGGUGGAGGAGCCCCAUGAAGAGCUGAGGGUUCUGCAGGAGCACCGCGGGCUGUGGGCCGCCUUCCUGCUCCCACGCUGGCAGAAGUUCUGGAGCGCCCCCGUGACCGUGUUCCUGGGGAAUGUGGUCAUGUACUUCGCCUUCCUCCUCCUGUUCACCUACGUCCUGCUGGUGGACUUCCAGCCGCCACCCACGGGGCCCUCGGGCCCGGAGGUGGCCCUUUACUUCUGGGUCUUCACGUUGGUGCUGGAGGAGAUCCGGCAGGGCUUCUUCACGGAUGAGGACACGAACCUGGUGAAGAAGUUCACGCUCUACGUGGAGGACAACUGGAACAAGUGUGACAUGGUGGCCAUCUUCCUGUUUGUCAUCGGUGUCACCUGCAGGAUGCUGCCCUCAGUGUUUGAGGCCGGCCGCUCGGUGCUGGCCGUCGACUUCAUGGUGUUCGCACUUCGGCUGAUCCACAUCUUUGCCGUCCACAAGCAGCUGGGCCCCAAGAUCAUCAUCGUGGAGCGGAUGAUGAAGGACGUCUUCUUCUUCCUCUUCUUUCUGAGUGUGUGGCUCGUGGCCUAUGGCGUGACCACGCACGCCCUGCUGCACCCCCAUGACGGCCGCCCCGAGUGGAUCUUCCGCCGCGUGCUCUACCGGCCCUACCUGCAGAUCUUCGGGCAGAUCCCACUGGACGAGAUCGAUGAAGCCCGAGUGAACUGUACCACCCACCCACUGAUGCUGGGGGACUCACCCUCCUGCCCCAACCUCUAUGCCAACUGGCUGGUCAUCCUGCUGCUGGUCACCUUCCUGCUGGUCACCAACGUGCUGCUCAUGAACCUGCUCAUUGCCAUGUUCAGCUACACGUUCCAGGUGGUGCAAGGCAACGCAGACACGUUCUGGAAGUCGCAGCGCUACAGCUUGAUCGUGGAGUACCACGAGCGCCCCGCGCUGGCGCCCCCCUUCAUCCUCCUCAGCCACCUCAACUUGCUGCUCAAGAAGGUCUUCCACAAGGGGGCGAAACGCCGGGGGCGGCGCCUGGAGAGAGACCUGCCGGAGCCCCUGGACCAGAAGGUCGUCACGUGGGAGGUGGUGCAGAAGGAGAACUUCCUGAGCCGCCUGGAGAGGAGGCGGAAGGACAGCAGCGCGGAGGUCCUGCGGAAAACUGCCCACCGGGUGGACCUGGUGGCCAAGUGCCUGGGCGGCCUUCGGGAGCAGGAGAAGCGCAUCAAGGGCCUGGAGUCACAAAUCAACUACUGCGUGGUGCUCCUGUCCACUGUGGCCGACACGCUGGCCCAGGGCCGCAUCCCCAGGAGCUCUCAGGACUGUGGUGAUGGCAAGAGCCCACAGCCCUCUACUGAUGCCGGAGAGGGCCUUGGCAGCAGGGCGUACCAGGACACCGGCCGGCCGCCCUCUGACACCUGA